AGAGAAAACGAAACUGAAUCCUAUCAGUGUUCGUGGUAAAAUGGCAGAAGCUAGUGUUGCAGUGGAUCUGAGCCAGUUCAGCUGCCCAAUCUGUCUGGAUCUACUGAAGGAUCCAGUGACUAUCAACUGUGGAAACAGUUACUGUAUGAGCUGCAUUAAGAGCCACUGGGAUCAGGAAGAUCAUGCUGGAGUUUACAGCUGCCCCCAGUGCAGACAGACCUUCAUACCCAGACCUGUUCUGGGCAGAAACACCAUACUGGUUGAAGUGGUGGAGAAACUGAAGAAGACUGGACUACAAGCAACUACUCCUGCUGACCAUUAUGCUGGACCUGGAGAUAUGGAGUGUGACGUCUGUACUGGGAGAAAACACAAAGCUGUCAAGUCCUGCCUGGUGUGUCUGGCCUCCUACUGCGAAACUGACCUGCAGCUUCACAAUAAACUCCACCACACAAAACAACACAAGAUCGUUGAUGCCAUCAGCCAUCUGAAGGACAAGGUCUGUUCCCACCAUGACAAAGCCCUGGAGAUCCACUGCCGUACCGACCAGCAGUGUAUCUGUUAUCUCUGUAUGCUGGAUGAACACAGAGGCCAUGAUACAGUAUCAGCUGCUGCAGGAAGGCCGGAGAUACAGAAACAAAUGGGAGAAACACAGAAGGAAUUUCAGCAGAGAAUUCAGAUGAGAGAGAAGGAGCUGCAGGAGCUGAGAGAGGCUGUGGACUCAUUCACAGGCUCAGCACAGUCAGCAGUGGAGGACAGCGAGAGGAUCUUCACUGAGAUGAUCCGCUCCAUUGAGAGAAGACGCUCUGAGGUGACAAAGCUGAUCAGAGAUCAGGAGAAGGCUGUAGUGAGUCAGGCUGAAGGACACAUGGAGAGACUGAAGCAGGAGAUUGAUGAACUGAAGAGGAGACACUCUGAGCUGGAGCAGCUUUCACACACAGAGGAUCACAUCCAUUUCCUCCAGAGGUAUCAGAGUCUUCCUGGCACCCCUGAGGCUGGAUUUGAACCCAGAAUCUCAGUCAAUCCACAUUGGUAUUUUGGAAAUGUGAGGAAGGUGGUUUCUGAACUGAAGGAUCAACUGGAGAAUAUUUAUAAAACGAAAACAGAAGAGAUCCAUGACACAGUUACCAAAGACACCAUCAUACAGUUUUUAGUGCCCAGGACCAGAUCAGAAUUCUUACAAUACUCCUGCCAGCUGACGUUGGACCCCAACACAGCAAACAGCCACCUGUCUCUGUCAGAGGGGAACAGGAAGGUGACAGGGGGGGCAGAGCAGCCAUAUCCUGAUCAUCCAGAGAGAUUUGACUGCUGGUACCAAGUUCUGUGCAGAGAGAGUCUGACUGGUCGCUGUUACUGGGAGGCUGAGUGGAGUGGAGAUGGAGCCCGGAUAGGAGUGACUUAUAAAGGAAUCGGGAGGAAAGGAUGGAGUGAUGACUGUCGGCUUGGAGACAAUGACAAGUCAUGGAUGCUGAUCUGCCUUCCUGACAGUUACUCUGUCUGGCACAAUAAUAAAAAGACUGUCAUACCCAUAAAGCCCUCAGGCUCCCGCAGAGUAGGAGUGUAUCUGGACUGGGCGGCUGGUACUCUGUCCUUCUACAGAGUCUCCUCUGAUGGACUGACCCUCCUGCACAGCUUCACCUCCUCAUUCACUGAACCCCUCUAUCCAGGGUUUUGGGUUUAUUAUACAAACUCCUCUGUGUUGCUGUGCAUGCUGGGAUAGCUCACUGUGUGCUGGAGGAAUCAUUUU